CAAGCACUGAAAGCAGGAAAGACAAAAUUAGGAAAACAACCGCAUCUUCUGAGUUCACAAUGACAUCAUUCACCAUUGCAGUGUCAUCACGUGCAUUAUUCAGACAAGAGACAGGGGAUAAAGGAGUUGCUUUUCCAUUUGUCAAGGCUCUUACAAUGGUGAAUCAACGUUUGACUGAGCUGGACCAAGCCACUGAAGAGCAGUUUGAAAUUGUGCUGAUACCUUCUGAUGGUCAGGACAUUGAUCACCUGACCAAGAACAUUGAAAAAUACGGGCUGAAAAGUGACCGAGUCCGUAUGAUUACUGGUGAAAAACCCCUCCUUGAUCUUCUUAAUGAGAUCGAGCCUGUUCUCUACCUGUCCACAAAUCCACAGAAUGUGAAAGAGGCCAUCACUGCAGGACAUGGAGCAGCCACAAUGUUCCAGGGAGAUUACCACGAGCCCAGUGAUGAAGUGUUACGUGUGGCCUUUGAUGGUGAUGGAGUCCUGUUUUCAGACGAGUCAGAGAGAGUCUACAAAGAGAAAGGGCUACAAAGUUUCUAUGAUAAUGAACGUGAUAAUGAGGACGAACCUUUGAUACAGGGCCCACUAAGUAAGUUUUUUCAAGCAUUGGUACAUCUCCAGCAGAAAUUCGGUCUGCAAAAUUGUCCGAUUCGUACCUACUUGGUAACAUCACGUGGCACAUCAAGUCCUGGAUUAAGAGCCCUGAAGACUCUUCAGAGGGAUAAGCUGGAGAUAAAUGAGGCAUUCUUUCUGUGUGGUGCCCAUAAAGGGCCUGUGCUAAAAGCAAUCAAACCUCACAUUUUCUUUGACGACCAGACUCCACACAUUGACGGAGCCCUUCAAAAUGGGGUUAUUGGUGCUCAUGUACCUUAUGGUGUGAGAAAUGAGUGAGAAUUAAACCUGAUUUGAUUUGUAAAGGCAUGACAUGCACUGCCCUGCAGGUGGUGUAGCACAAUACUUUCUUCUAUAAUGUAUUUUAUAAGGUCAGGACAGCUAAAUUUGGUUUUAAGGUUUAAAGCGUAAAAGAAAUUAAGGCAAAAGCUGAUUUUAAGGUAUUAAAGGUGAAAUUAAUCAAAUCAUUACCUAAAUGACUAUUUCUUUGUCUUGGGGCCAUAUGUAUAAAGCUGCUCAGAGCAAAUUCUAAGAAUGAUGAAAUUUUAGUCUUAUACCUAGUCCUAAGAAUAAGUGUGAUUAAUAAAGGUUCCUAUAUGUGUUAA